UCAACAGCCCAGUAAUCUUGGGUUUCCCAAGAUGCGAAGACGCAAUGUGUGUGCCUCGUUUUAAAAUAACAAUUAAAAACAAAACAAAACUUAAAUCCUUAACUUUUUAACUCUAGUGAAGUUUCGUUUAGAAAUAUUUGGACAUAGACGUUAGUGAUAUAGUGAAUAUUGUGAUAUUAUUAUUAUAAGUGGUUUCAGUUAUGAGUGCAUAUAAGGAUAAAAUGUUACUGCUUAUUGUAUUGUUUACGGCUACCUCACUAACAAACGCGUCAGUUGUGAAGAAUCGAGUGGAUUCGUGCGGUUUGGACGAGUUUGCAUGCACAGAUGGCGCGUGCGUCAGUCGCGACGUCGUCUGCGACAGUCGCCGCGACUGCGCCGACGGCAGUGACGAGAGCGCUUGCUCUCUUAGUCCAGAUACAAAUUUCAUGACUGAUCCAAUUCUACAUCGAGAAAGAAGGCAAGCAAAUCAAGGGAGUUGUCCUAAGAGAUUCCAAUGGCGGUGUCGCGACGGCACGUGCAUCUCGUUCGACAAGAAGUGCGACGGCGCGGCGGACUGCGCCGACCGCAGCGACGAGGCGCACGCCGUGUGUAGGAACAUCACUUGCCAGCCGAACUGGUUCCGCUGUACGUACGGCGCGUGCGUGGACGGGACGGCGGCGUGCAACGGCGUGGCGGAGUGCGCUGACGAGUCCGACGAGCUGCUGCCUCAGUGCAGGAAGGAGAGCGACGAAGUCAGAGGCAAAUUCAAAUGCCAAGACGGAUCCCUGAUAUCAGUGGGUGACAAAUGCGACGGUGUCCCCAACUGUCCCGACGGGUCAGAUGAGACAGUCCGCGCCUGUGGGUCAGUCAAGUGCUCGAGCUACCUGUUCCAGUGCGCAUACGGGGCGUGCGUGGAUCAAGGCAGUGAUUGUAAUAAUAUAAGGGAUUGUGCUGAUGGUUCGGACGAGGAUGACAUACUCUGCAACCGAAUGGGUUCGAAGCCAGUAUACACCACCACUACUACAGCCAGACCUUCAUCCGGCACCAACGGUCUCUGCGUGCUGCCCCCCUACCCCGAGCAUGGCCACUACGAAGCCAACAUCCCCAACGCCAGGCCUGGCCUCAGAGAGGACUUUGUCACAGUCAACUUCACCUGUCAGAACGGCUACCAGAUUGAGGGCAACGCUGAUAUUUACUGCUAUGAGGGGCAAUGGCAGUAUCCCUUUCCUAAGUGUGUCCGCCUAUGCAAGCUGAACUUGAGCAACCCAACAGUGCAAUACUUCUGCCAAAUACCAAAUACGAACGGUGGAACCCGAAACUGCAAAGCUUUUGAACCAGUUGGUACAGUCGCCGAGCCAAAAUGUAGAUCUCACUACUAUUCUCCGACCAAUCUACCUCUUUUACGAUGCAUCAACGGAGAUUGGGACUACUCAGUUCACUGCGUCCCAGAAUGCGGCAAGGUGACUCCGGAAGCCACUGGUCUGGUCUCCAACGGGGUCUCAGCCAAGCACGGCGAGCUGCCGUGGCACGUCGGCAUCUACAGGAAGACCACCGAGCCCUACAAGCAGAUCUGCGGGGGCUCCAUCAUCAGCACCUCUGUUGUCAUAUCUGCUGCCCAUUGCUUCUGGGACGACACCGUGAAGCUCCAGGACCCCAAGUGGUUCGCGGUGGCGGCCGGCAAGAUCUACCGGCCCUGGCACGAAGCCAUGGACAAAUUCGCACAGCACAGAGAUGUGAGCAACCUCAUAAUCCCGGACACAUUCUACGGCUCCGAGACCAACUACGACUACGACGUGGCGAUAGUGCUGGUGUCUCAGCCGUUCGAGUACAAGGUCUAUAUCCGGCCUGUCUGCAUCAACUUCAACCUGGAGCUGGAGAAGGAACAGCUGAAGACUGGCAGCAAGGGAAAGGUAGCUGGGUGGGGCUUCACCGGCCCCAACGACCCCCCCUCCCCCGUCCUGAAGGUGGUGGAGCUGCCGUACAUCAGCGAGCGGGAGUGCCUGGCGCGCGCGCCGCCCGGCUACCGGGACCUCGUCACCAGCCAGAAGUUCUGCACGGGUGCUGAGGACCGCAAGACAGUGUGCAAGGGCGACAGCGGCGGCGGCCUGGUGUUCCCCAGCAAAGAGCUAGGGGUGCUCCGGUACUACCUGCGAGGGAUCGUCUCCACGGCGCCGCAGACCUUCGACCAGUGCAACGUGGUCUCUAUAACUACCUUCUCACACGUGUCUAAGAGCGAGGCGUUCAUCAAGCCGUAUUUGUCAGAUUACUGAGGGCAAAGGGACUGACUGUGAGAAAAUGCCACUUGAUUGUACAUUAAUACAUAUGUAAAUUAUGCAAUAAAAGAAUAAAUAAAGAGAGGGGAUUGAAAAUAAAAAGGAGUCAUCUUGCCAUUUUAUGUAAGGACAGUUUUCGAGACUUGAUCAUGUUAAGGAAAACCGGUUUGAAUCGGUACGACUACAGACAAGUCUCAUAAUUUAUAGGUAACUACUGAUAGGAUAAUACAAACACAGACAGACUUAUUAUGACGGAAUUUGGUAUUGGAAUGAAACUGUUAAUUUACGAUUGCUUCGACGGUUGCAGUUAAAUUAUAAAAACUAGUGCUUUACCGGUAUACCGAAAUUGCAGGAAAUAAUUACAGUAAAUUUACCGGUACUUAUUAAAUAUCUACAUUAAUCGGUAAUUUACUCCAUAUGUCACAGUUACGAUAUACCGGUACAUACAAAUAAAAACCGGUAUUUUCCUAGAAACUUUGAUGUCAAAGCAAUGCUUUUUUAAACCUUUAAGAUUAUUUUUUUUUGGAUUAAGUAAGUUCUUAUAUUCAGAAAUGUAUAAUUAAAUUAAUUACUUAAAUAAAAAGCGUAGGAUUUCAUGAAAGUAAAAGUACCAUUUAAGUUUGUGUAUUGUGAGAUUAUGCAAAAGAAUAGCAAUUUAGCUAGGUAGUUAAUAAAUUUUAGAUAUUUUUCUGACUUAACAAGGUUGUUGGUUUAAGCUUAAUAUGAUUUCUUAUAUUAGCUGAAGCGAACAACCUAGUUAAGUUAUAUUUAAGCGAAUUACGCAUAAACGCCUACCUAGUGUAAGAACAAAUAUACGACUCAAUAAACAAAUGUUUAUAAUAGGAA